GACGCUGCUGGCGUUAACCCAGUUACCGUGCCGCUCUCGACCCGUUCGCAACAGGCUGGAAGUACAUGCUCGCCGUACUUUUAGCUCAGUCCAGCGGGAGCGGAUCCCGCUGCGUGGACCAGCGUUCGUGUGUCAGCGGGAGCGCGAACUGGCGCGGCAGCUAGCGAGCGAGCUCGACCAACUUCGCGAUGUGUUCCGCCGCCGCCGCCUCAGCUAGCUGCUAACAGUGCUUUGUUUUUCAAAUGUCCGGCGGAAGAUAAGGCGACGGUUUCUGCUCGCUUGUCGUCCAGUGGCCCCGGGAAGAUGUGGCAGGACGUGGUGGUGACGGGGCUGGCGAUCGUGGCCACGGUCGUCUGUGUGCUGGUCUUGAUGGUGUUAGGUUGGUAUGUGGUGUGGCAGCUUUUCCUGUCCAAGUUCAAGUUCCUCCGCGAACUUGUCGGGGAAGCGUCCGCCCCUCCAGCUGAACCCCAACCGUCCGAAGCCGAGGCCGAGCGUCCCGCCACCGUCCAGACCCGGAGUCGCCUCAGGACCGCACGCCAAAGAGUUGCCUUUCCCGAGAACACGUCGUGAUGCGUCCGUCCAGACUGCGAGCACUGGAGUCCCCCCGACUCGUCUUCAGGGUGAUUCAAUCAGACCAGGCUGAUCUCCUGGGUACAAAAGGGAAAAGCCAUUUGUAAGCCGUUUGAGGUCAUGUGACCGGAGAGUUGCGUCUGACGUUCGUCUUUCUGAAGUAAUGUCUGCCUGUGCUCGAGGACGAGAGCGCAUCAAAGGUCUACAGCAUUUCACUAACUGACUUUUAAAAAGUGCAAUGAAGUCUCUGCUCUGGACCAGUCUAGUGUGGAGGAAGUGAAGCUGCUAAACAACACAGUUGUAGCGGACGUGCUCCCGAGUGAAUCCGUCCCUGUGCCUCCGUCUGUCUCAGUGCCUGUCUGCGCCACUGUUAGUCACAUGACCCGUCAUCUUGUUUUCCAAAGUCACGUGUGCAUAACGACAGAAUUCAGCUCCCCACCUGUUUUUUUUAAAACGGAACUCUCGCACCUUAUCCGUCGAUUUGUCGGCUUCGAUUCGAGGAUGCCAAACAGGUGUUCCAGGCUGUGUGCAGGUGGUCUUUUUAGGCAAUUGUACGUGUCAAUAAUGGUUUUAAAUACACUCGGUAUGGUAAACAGUCUUCGGGAUGUUUGUUUAUGAAAAAGAUCCUCGGGUUGUUUGUUUCAGAGUCACUUUAUUUAUCUGGAUCAAUGGCUUUUCCUUAAAACCACAACUCUUGCUCAAAAUAAAAGAGUCAUGAAGAUACGGAGAGAAACAAACAUGCAAGAUAAAAAUAAAAUAUAACAUAUACUACCACGCUCAAAUAAAAAGAACCAU